AUGGCUGGGAGGAACAUUGGAGUCGCAGUGGACUUCUCAUCAUGCAGCAAAGCAGCUCUGCGAUGGGCAUCAACGAACCUUCCCAGGAACGGUGAUAAACUCAUACUCAUCCAUGUGAACAAUUCCUAUCAGAAUGAGCAGGGCUCUGUUCAUCUCUGGGAGCAGAGUGGUUCCCCACUCAUCCCUCUGGCCGAGUUCUCAGAUGUCACCAGGACAUAUGGUGUAUCACCGGACAAGGAGACAAUUGAGAUCCUCACUCAAGUGGCAAAUCAAAGAGGGAUUGAAGUCUUUGCAAAGAUAUUCUAUGGUGACCCUGCAAAGAAGCUCUAUGAAGCAGUUGACCUGGUUUCCCUUAGCUGCAUGGUUAUCGGGAGCAGAGGACUAAGCACGCUCAAGAGGGCUCUGAUGGGGAGCGUGAGCACCUAUAUUGUGAACCACGCGGCCUGCCCUGUGACGGUUGUGAAGGAGAACAUGUAG